CUUAGCUCAUAUUGAUUCAUCCUGCUGCUCGAAUAAUGACGAUGAUUGUACGAAAACCGUCGUCUCGUCCCAAAUGGAUGAGAAGAGCAAUGUAUCCAGCAUGAGUCCCCAAUUGGCAAAGAGCUUGCAGAGCGCCUCUGGCCAAGUUGGAUUAGACAGUCCAAAAAGUCCGGAUUAUCCACCGCGAGUGUCGACUGGCCACAAUAGCCCAGCGAGUACUAUUAUUACUAAGAGCUCGAUGACUUAUGGCCUGCCGUUGAUGUCAGUAGGUAAUACAUGGAAGACCAGCGUCAAGAUUAUUGAGAAUUCCUUCCCUAACCAACAGAAAAUUGAGCCCCUGCUAGAGAAGAAUUUCAAUCAGUGCAGUGUUCAAAAUGAAAAGAAGGAUAUAGCUGUUCAGCCAGAGAUCUUAGUGGAUAGGCUCGUAACCGAAAAAAUUAAGCAGGAACCUGUCGAAGUUAAAUGCGAAGCGGACGAUACCAAGUAUAAAAAUGAUUCUACGACUAAUUCGCAUACCAAGUCUCAUUCGUCAUCUUCGAAACGGAAAGAUCAACGUUCGGAGAGGCAUCAUUGUACGCGCUGCUACAAAAGAAGUAAAAUAAAAAGGUCUAGCAUUGGUAUACAAUGCCAAAGGGAUCGGCGAAGUAGUACCUCUACUCCCUUGUAUCAUAAAUCUUUAACCACUGUAAGCUCCAUUCAUAAAUCAAACGCUGAUAAUUUGAAACUCAAUCUCCAAGUAAAGAAUUACAAACAGCUGGAUAAGCAGCCUAGUAAAUACGAUGCACCGGUUCAUUCGCAAGGAUUGAAGUACAAGGAUUUUAUUCAUAUAGAAACUUAUCCCAAUGGCGGAGCUUCGGUAGUACAUAUGUAUCAAGAUGAAAUUGACGUUCUAACAAGCGAGCAGCUCGAGGAAUUGGCACACGAAUAUUUCAAGGUUGUAUUUGGAGAGGAUGAGAAUGGUAAUGCUCAUCACGUAAUGGGUAUUGUUCAUAAUGCUGCCUCAUACAUGCCAGAUUUAUUGGAUCACAUGGCAGAGAUGUAUCCUACUUUAACCGUAAAAAAUGGUGUAUUGGGACAUAAGAGCGAUAUAGAAACGACAACGAUGUUACAGUACAAGGAACAUGUUUGUAAAGCUUACAAUAAUGGUACUGUACGAUACGGACCUUUACAUCAAAUUAGUUUAGUGGGAACAGUGCACGAAGAAGUUGGUGGCUAUUUUCCCGAUAUUUUGCAGGUGCUAGAGGAAAAUAUCUUUUUAAAAAUGACGAUGCCUUGGGGUCCGCUGUCGGCUGUGCGAAUGGAAAGCCCCCAGGAGUCGAACGACGGCCCAAUCCUGUGGAUUCGACCUGGUGAGCAGCUUGUCCCGACCGCAGACAUCAAUAAAAGUCCCUGUAAGCGGCGACGCACCGGCAUAAACGAGCUACGCAACUUGCAGUACUUGCCGCGCCUUACCGAGGCCCGCGAGUACAUGUUCGAGGACCGAACGCGGGCCCACGCAGACCACGUGGGCCACGGGCUCGAGCGCAUGACCACUGCCGCGGUUGGUGUCCUCAAGGCAGUCCACGGUGGUCAGGCCUCCGAGCUGAAUCGCAUUACCAAGGACGUCGUCGCGUUCCACGCCGCGGACUUCCCAGAGCUCGUUGAGAAGCUGCAGCUGGAUCUGCACGAGCCUCCUAUAUCCCAGUGCGUUCAGUGGCUCGAGGAUGCUAAGCUCAAUCAGCUACGGAGGCAGUCGAUACGAUACGCGAGGAUCAGCCUCUACGACAACGACAUAUAUUUCCUCCCGCGCAACAUCAUCCACCAGUUCAGGACGGUUUCGGCCGUCUCGAGUAUUGCCUGGCACGUCAGGCUACAGCAGUACUAUCCAGAUGAUACGACCUCGACUACCUUCAAUGCCGGUUCGCGUCGAUCUUCCCAUGCGCACCAUCACAAGGACAAGAAGGCGCUCGCGCACGGAGUGGAGGAGGAUGAGCAGAAGGAGAACGCCGACAGGCAGAAGAUGGAGAGGCGCGACAGUGUCGACGAAGAGAAGAAGGCUAAGGAGCGAGCCGCCGAGUAUCAAGGGAAUCUCAAAAAGUCCGAGCAGCAGCAGAAGGAAAAACGCAGCACGACGCACGUGUCGUCGACCACCGGGACACUCGCCAUUGAUAAAGGCGUCUCCGAGAAGCCUGAGAGGCAACGACACAGGGAACGAAAAGAGGAACGAAAGCAAGAGCGAAGGAAAACUUCUACCGAGAAGAGGGAUAGAGAUAAAAAGCGCGAAGAUCAUCGUCAUAGCAGCGGUAGCAGUAAUCAACAAAGCAGACGAAAACACAGCGAAAAAUUAUCGUCCUCCUCAUCGUCGUCGUCUUCGGAGCACAGAAGGCAUAGUUCGUCCGGUAGUCAUCGUUCAAGUAAAUCGGAAAAUCGAACUACAAGCUCCAGUAAUCCAGCUUUCGAAGUCUUACCCAAAGCUCUUGGUAAAGAACUCGGCAAACCUGGUGUUGAGAGCUCACGAAGUGCGAGCAAUAUCGGAGGCGUUGUGAACAACGAACAGCCAAACUUAAAACAGGAAACAAUCGCGAUGAAGAUUGAUACGGAAUUGCUUUCGGCCCGUCAAACGGCUGGUAAAACGUACGCAAGUCAGGUAGUCGAUAAGGCGCUGGAAAUCGCCAUUUAUAAGUCUAAGACGGACGUACAGGAAGUGUGCCAGUCAUUACGUGACGGUGUCUCCUCGGCUUCGAAGGAGAUGCUCGAGAAGAUUCGUAAAGAGAGCCUGGAAAUCGCGGAGAAGUUGUGCAGCGAGGAUAGCGCGAGCAUCGAAAAGUCCUAUAGACUCCUGGAAGCGGAAACCGUUGGGGCAUUUACAUCAAAGCUUGAUUGUGCCACGGAAAAUGCUGUGAAAGCUUUAAUAGAGAUGGCAGAGGACGAGUCAAAAGUCGUCGAUGAAACGACAAUUGUCUGUGAAAAGAAGGAGGAGACAAAGGAGCAAAAUGCGCUGCCAUUAACAAUGUCCGUAGCGCUUGUCGAGGAGAAGCAGGAAGAAUCAGAGAAAGACAAAAUCCCGGGAGAAAAGAAGCAUUCGAGUGCAUGGAUCGAAGAUAAAUCGAAUCACGAGAAGAGUAAGAAGAAGCACAGUAGUAGUAAUAGUAGUAACAACAGCAGAGAUGAUCGCAAGCACAGAGAUCGCAAAAAGAAUGAUCACAGAAAUCGUGACAGGAUUAGAGACAGGGACAGGGACAGAGAAAAGGACAGGGAGAGGAAACGACAUCACAGCAGUACUCACAGUAACAGCAGUUGUGGUGGAAGUGGCAGUGGAAGUGGCAGUGGAAAUGGUAGUGGUAGUGGUAGUGGUAUUGGUAGUGGUAGUGGAAACGGCAACGCCAAUGGCAAUGGCAAUGGCAACGGUAGUCAUCGGUAUAAGACGCCUCAGGAUGGAAAGGUCAAAACGCCUAAAGAGACAACAACAUCUUCGUUAUCGUCGUCAUCAUCGUCGUCGUCGAGCAGUUAUCACCGUAGCUCUCAUUCGUCGUCCUAUAAGGCUACCACUACCUCUUCGUCGGAAAGGAACAGUAAUCCGCAGGAGUCCUCGGUAUCUCGUUCCUCGAGUAACUUAAGUAGUAGCCACAAGCGCAAGUGUAGCUCAAGCUCGACAAACUCCGGUAGUACGGAGACCGAGACGAAAAAGCUGUGCACCGAGGAGAUGAUCAGUGGCAUUACCGCGAGUACGACGGACCAAAUACAACAGAGCAGUGCUGCAACGACGGCGACAUGAACCUGUUGCACAUCGGAAUUCGCGCGCGACUGUAGUAUUCAUGAAAAUAGUACAAUCCUAACUUCUAGAAAUGCAGUAGAAGUGAAAAUAAAUUAUUGAAAAGAGAUGUUA